CCGGGCCACGCUUGCGCACCGGGGCCGGCGGGGGGGCAACGAUGGCGGCGGCGGCGCUGCGGAGAGCGGCCGUGACAGCGGGCGGCGCGGGGCGGCGCCGAGCGCUGGGGUGGCCGCGGCGGGGCUGCGCCGGGCUGGCGGUGGACGACGCCGUCAACGGGCUGAGCGACGAGCAGCGGCAGCUUAGACAGACCAUGACAAAAUUCUGUCAAGAGCAUUUGGCUCCGAAGGCUCAACAGAUUGACCAGGAGAAUGAAUUCAAAGGCAUGCGGGAGUUUUGGAAGAAACUUGGGGAACUGGGAGUUCUGGGGAUCACAGCUCCUGUGAAGUACGGUGGAUCUGCUUUGGGGUAUCUGGACCACGUGCUGGUGAUGGAGGAAAUUUCUCGUGCGUCAGCAGCUGUCGGGCUUAGUUAUGGAGCCCACUCCAACCUUUGUAUCAACCAGCUGGUGCGGAACGGCAACGAAGCCCAGAAGGAGAAGUACUUGCCCAAGCUAAUCAGUGGGGAGCACGUUGGAGCCCUGGCGAUGAGCGAGCCUAAUGCUGGAUCUGAUGUUGUGUCCAUGAAGCUGAAAGCAGAUAAGAAAGGGGACUACUUCGUUUUGAAUGGGAACAAAUUUUGGAUUACCAACGGGCCCGACGCAGAUGUUCUCAUCGUUUAUGCUAAAACAGACCUUAAUGCUGUACCAGCCUCCCAAGGUAUAACUGCGUUCAUCGUGGAGAAGGGAACCCCAGGUUUCAGCACAGCACAGAAGCUUGAUAAGCUGGGAAUGAGAGGGUCUAACACCUGUGAAUUGAUCUUUGAGGACUGUAAGAUCCCCGCUGAAAAUAUCUUGGGGACACUGAGCAAGGGAGUCUACGUGUUGAUGAGUGGGCUGGACCUGGAGAGACUCGUGCUGUCUGGUGGGCCACUGGGCAUCAUGCAAGCUGUUCUUGACCAUGCAAUUCCGUACCUACAUGUAAGAGAAGCAUUUGGACAGAAAAUUGGCCAGUUCCAGCUCAUGCAAGGCAAAAUGGCUGAUAUGUACACGCGGCUGAUGGCGUGCCGGCAGUACGUCUACAACGUGGCCAAGGCCUGCGACCGCGGCCACUUCAACGCAAAGGACUGUGCUGGAGUGAUCCUCUACUCAGCAGAGUGCGCUACCCAGGUGGCUCUGGAUGGGAUUCAGUGCCUCGGUGGGAAUGGUUACAUCAACGACUACCCGAUGGGGCGCUUCCUGCGUGACGCCAAGCUCUACGAGAUAGGGGCAGGCACCAGUGAAGUGCGCAGACUUAUCAUCGGCAGGGCCUUCAACGCAGCUUUCAAGUAACGUCUGCCAGGGAAAAAGGCAGCACCCUGACCACCAUGAGGCCUUUGACAGUAGAUACAGCAACGCACAACUCUUUUCUUCCUGUGAUUCUGGGAUCGUCACUUGUGGACUCUUUCCCACCUGCUUUGUGAACAGAUGCUGCUGGUCUGGGCUUGGGUGGAAUGAAUCAGUCUGUAGCAGGGAAGGGAAAAAAUACAUACUUCUUGUGAUCAGCCUGAUUCUCAGGGUUGCAGAGCUGAGGUUCAUCAAGGAGACGUGUUGCCAUCAAAGCAGGCUGUUGAGCAGUACAUCUGUACAAGAGGUGGCCACUGCUGAGUACAAACUCAAUCCAAAAAAGGAAUGAGGGAACAAUUUAGUUCUCUUUUUAAAACUGAGUGCCAUUAAAUAGCUAGCAUUUAGCAUGCUACCACUGGAAAGGGAAAUUUCCCAUUGUGACCUUGCAGUGGGAUUGAUAACUUCUGUUCUGGGGAACUCAGCCACCUCCGUGAUAUGGUUGGCGUUAUCGUGAAUGCUUGAGCAUCAUAGCUGCACAACCGGUGUGUUAGGUGAUGAUUCUUAAAAUCAUGUUAAAAUACCACAUCUGUUUCUUUGCAUACUUCCUUUCCUAUUCCUGCUGCUUCUCAAGAUAUUUCAAUGCAGCCCAAAGUCUUUGCUUCUCUGAUUGACUGCCUCCUGCUGAGUUAUUCAUUCAGAUGUGUCACCAUCCAUCAUUCUGGGAACAGUUAAAAUGUCAGACCUGUAUUGUGACAUCCAUGAAUGAAGCAGGCAGGAGGAGGCUGACUUUUUAGGCUGGGGUUAUUUGUUUUUGUUUGUUUCUUUUUUUUUUUUUUCCUGAAGAUUGUUGUGGGGUUUUUUUUGCAAAAGCGUGCAUUCACACUCCGCUGUUGGUUGGCUAGAGAAGUCAGUGAGCACAGCAAUAUCUGUGGGUGUCUUCAGAGCACAUUAUAUGCAGUAAGUUGAAGUUUAUCUAGCCUUAAUAAAAUGGUACAGUAUGCUGCCCGCCUUAAAGAGUGAAUCACACAGAAAAAUUGAAUGGUGUAAAUAUGACAGAAGAAUGAAUUAAACAGUUGCCAUAUAGGCAAAUUCCCAGAAGCUUAAUAUAAAGAACUUAAAGCUUUUUGUAUUAUUUGGUUGUAAUUGACAUCUAUCUGUACUAGGUGACAGUAGCCUAGUGCUGAAUUUUAAAAUACUACAGACUGAAGAAAAGCUCACCUUCCUGAAUUGCCAGGUAGGUCGCCCAAGUAUUUAUUUAAAAAAAAAAAAAAAAAAAAGGCAGAGCUUCAGUUCUUCUGGAGUUAGAAACAGCUUCUUAAUGGGGGCAGUACUUCCUUCCUAAACUUCAUUUUUAUUCAGCUCCAGUGGGAUCAUUCUGGAAGUGUCCCAGGGUUUAAUUUUCAGUCUUCACUCCUGGGUAAAGCCAGUGGAGAGGGGACAGAGGUGACAUUGCCUGUCAAGAAUAUCUCACUGAGUUGCACCUAGAAAUGUUUUGGAAAUAAGCUUUGUCUGGAGCAGACAUUUUAUAUUUUACCACCAAGUGAUUACAGAUGUCGUCAUCUGUACCUGCAAGUGACGGAACUGCAGAUGCUGCACCCCAGCCUGGUGUCCCUGUGAGAGCCUCGGGGCGGAAGUUUGCAGAUCUGCCGGAGUGGUUUGGUAGCAGAUCCUGCUGUGACAAGUAGUGGCAGUUGUGCAGCCCUUGUACCUCCGAGCACUGUGGUCUGCUUGCAUUUUUUCCAGCAAGCUGCGGCUGGAGCAAGUAUGCAGAAACCAGCGCUGCAGGGUAUGGCGCAGAGCUGUCUGCUCUCCAGGGUAAGUGCAGCUCCACAUCUCAGUAAAGAGGCAAACCUCAUCCGAGAGGUGGUGGGAGCACUUGCCAAGGAGGUGAGGAGUGCGAGCACGGUGUCUCAACGCGCAUCGGAAACUCAUAUCUUGCCUGCGUGUUCUGCAGCUCUUUAAUAUGGGAAUGAAUCACUGCAAUUUUCCGUGAAAACUCUCAAAAGCACAUUGGAGCUGAAUCAUUGUGUUAUGAUCUGUCUCCAGCCAGAGGAGCUUUUCUGAAAUGAAUGUCAGAGCAACAUCGGGAUGUGACGAGAUUCAGAUUGUUUAAAAAUAUAUAUUCUAGGCUGGAAGGGAUCCGCAGCUUUUUAAACCUGUACUCUAACACCAGAGAGCUCUAUUUUUUUAAUACAAAUAAUAAAUAAUGCCUUCGCUUUCUAGGCUGAUCAGC